CACGCACCCGGAAGUGGAGCGCGGCAGGAGCGGUUCCCAUGGUAACGUCCAGACCGCCAUGUCCUUCAAGAGGGAGGGGGACGACCCCAGCCAGCUCGGGGUCCUGCAGCGGCGCCGCGUGACCGAGCUGCUGGCCCGUGGGGUCCCCGAGGAGGAGGCGCUGCUGCUGCGCAGCGGGAGGUACGCCUGCACGGUGUGCGCCCACCGCCCGGUGUUCGACACGCUGGCCGUGCUGACGCUGCACCGCGCUGGCCGGAAGCAUGCAGGCCACCUGCAGCGCUUCUACAGCCACAAGCGCUCAUGUCAGGAUGUGGCCCCGAAGCAGGAGGUACAGGCAGAGGCAGCCGGGGUGCAGGGCUCCCCGGCCCCGCUCCUGGCUCGGACACGCCAGAUCACCCGCAGCGCACUGCUCAAAGAGGCUCCCUACAGCAGCUGCUGCCGCAGGACCGCGGCGCAGGGCAGCAGCUCCCGAGCUGGCAUCCCCCGCACGGGGCCAAACGCUGCUCCGACGUCUCCAGAGCCAUUGCAGAUGGACAGAGAAGCCGUGAUCGCCAGUCCCGCGGCCCUGCUGCCGGGGCACCGCGGCACGCAAGCGGAUGCGCCGAGAGCGGCUCCGGUGCAGACACAGCGAGGUGGGAAAGCAAAAGCCUCCCUGAGCCAACCUGAUGCCCUCAGCCCUGAGCGCCGCCGCGUGCUGGAGCGAUACCUGCAGCUGCGCAGUGCCGGCUGGAUCCAGGAUGGCUCCGGCAAGUGGGUGAAGGAUGAGAAUGCCGAAUUCGACUCCGAUGAGGAGGAGCCACCCGUGCUGCUGCCGGCCUGAGGGUACCCCCACACCCCACCAGCAAUAGAGGAGCACAGAGGCAUCUAAGCCGCUGGGACUGUGCCAGGAAGCACUGGGAUUGGGGAUUCCCGUGUUUCACUGUCAUGGGGUGCUCAGCCCAGUGCCUUUUUGGGGUGUCCUGGCUGCGGAGGGCACGUUUGGCUCAUCCCCUCCUGUCCCAAGUCGCUGGCAGCUGCCUGCAGGUCGUGGCCUUUUGGGGUGGCAGUGCCGAGUUCCCCCCCUCCUUCCCAGCUCCAGCAGCUGUCCUGGUGCUUUGGAAAGAGCCCAGCCUCGCUUUUUCCCGCUGGCCUUUGGGUGCCUGUGGGUGCUCCCACAUCUCUGGUUUUCAGGGCUGUAUCCUGAGCUUACACCCACCUCCCCUACAAGGGUCACUCCGGGGCUGGAUUCUGCCCCUGGGGAGCUCCUGGCGCCGCUUCCCAGGCUGAUUUACCCCCGGCCACUGGGAUUUGCCCACUCAGCUCGUGCCUAUAAAUAGUUGUGGGCCCUAUAAAUAGCUCCUGCAUCCCCCUCGCCCGCCUGGGUGUCCCCCCACCACCCUGGGCACCUGGAUCCAUGCGGGGGAGAUGUCUCCCUGCACCCCCAACCCCUCCCAGUGUUGUAACCCAAUCCCUGGGCUGUAAAUCCCGUGCUCCCGAGGGGCUCCAGGCGUCCGGCUCGGCCCCACAGACCA